AUGAAUUCAACCCCGAUAUCCCACAACUACUAUCCACCCUGGAUCACCCUACCCCAUUAUACUCCCAAUGAAAGCACAGUGAUUUCACUAAUCACUCGCUUUGGUCUCCAAUGGGGGUUUGUUCUCAGCGCCUCGUUCUUCCUCAUAGGUCGUCUACGGCCGACAGCGAGCUUGUCGGAUCGGAUUGCGUUUACUUGGAUGUGUUUGACGGGAUUCAUCCACCUAUUCUUCGAAGCCCACUUCGUCAUCAACCAUAAAACCCUUGCCGGUGGCCAAGCUCUGUUUUCCCAGCUAUGGAAGGAAUACUCGCUUUCUGAUUCGCGGUAUUUGACGUCCGAUGCGUUUUUGGUUUCUAUGGAGGCUGUUACUGCGUUUGCAUGGGGUCCCCUAGCCUUCUUAAUUGCAUACUGCAUCGCUGUACAACAUCCAAUCCGACAUGCUUUGCAAAUAAUCAUCUCGACCGGCCAGGUUUACGGUGACGUGCUUUACUAUGCCACCAGCUUGCUGGAUGAAUCGUAUUGUCGACCGGAAGGGUAUUACUUCUGGUUUUAUUAUUUCUUUUUUAAUUUUAUUUGGAUGGUUGUUGGUUGUUAUUAUGUUAAAGAGAGUGUUGUUGAGAUUUGGAGGGCGUUUGAGAAGCUUCAGGCUUUUGAGAUUGAGAGGAAAAAAGAUUGA